AUGUCCCAAGAAGAUUUUGCAAAGCAUGUUCAUUUGUCUGGGUUGCUUUCAGCUGAUGAAAUGGUGUCCGUUUAUGGCAGAUUGACUAGGAUAGAGCUGCCUUGUGUAAAAUGGAAAAAGAGAAAACAAAAAGGUUUCGAGAGAAUUGCACGUUUCCUGUCAUCGAAUGUAAAGGAUCCCGUUUCAUGGUGGCAGUACUUUGGAAACCCGGACUGCCUUUCAUUCUCUGUGAACAGGAAGUCACUGUUUCAUGGUGUUCGCUUGUUUGGUGACAAGAAAGGUAGUCAAUAUGAUGUGGUGCUUCAGCUUGACGGAUCCGAAUUAGCAAAUGGCAGUUUUACUUCAAAGAUUGAUAAAGAUGGUGUUGCUGGAUUUGAUGUCAGGUUAUCAUCGCCAGUUACUGUUGAGAAGAGCAGCACUGUGACAAUCUCAGCCACAAUCUCAGGGUCUAUAUCGUGUUAUGGAGAAAAUGGUAUGGCUAAGGUAGAGAAUGGGGAGUUAAAUGUUUCAUUUUACAACGCAAGUGCCAAGAGCACAAAUGGAACUGGUCCUUUAACGGGUCAGUUUUAUGAAAUAUUCAUCUCACAUGAAGAAUCUUGA